AUGUAUUAAAAAGGUUAAUAAUUAUUAUUAAUUUAAGCAAAUUCAUUAAUUUAAUUAAAUAAGUUAUAGGAUGCAUAAUAAAUCUACUAAGAAAUAAUUUCAAUUAAUCCAAAACAUGAAAUAUCUUUAUAAAAAUUGGGUAUUUUGAUAAUUAUAAUAUUAAGGUGAUAUCUUAUUAAAUUAAAAGUUUUAUUUGUAAGCUUAACAGUAUUAUGAAAAAUUUAUUUCAAUAAAUUUAAAUAAUUCAAUAGUCUAAUUUGGAAUAGGUUUUAUUUUUAUUAAUUAUCUUAAGGGGAAUGUUUAAGAUAAACUUAUUAAUAUAAUCAUGCUUUAUAAUACUAUCUAAAAGCCAUUUAAUUAGAUUCAUCUAAUAAAGAAUUUUUUUAUUAUUAUGGUGAAAUUUCAGGAUGA